AUGCAACUGGCUGAGGCAUUAGUUCUGUUUGAGGCUGAUAUGCUCAAAGGCGAGAGGUUACAGCUUGAGGAGUACAAUUACACUGUGCUCAUCGGUGGAUGUGGACGUGUCGGCUACCUAAAGAAAGCCUUUCAGCUGUACAAUAAUAUGAAAAAGCGAGGGAUAGAGCCAUCUGAUGCUACAUACACUGCGCUGUUCAACGCUUGUGCGGAGUCACCAUGGAAACAGUCAGGGCUGGUACAGGCAUUGAAGCUCAAGCAAGAGCUUCUCAAGAAGAACAUCCCUCUCAGUGCCAUUACCCAGCAUGCUUUGCUCAAAACAGCUGCUUUUGCUGGAGAUCUGAAGUCAUGCUUUCAAUUUCUGCGGGAGAUGCUUCAAAAUGGACAACCCAUCACACAAGAGACAUUUCAUUAUCUACUUAUGAGCUGUGUGAAGGACAAGCAGCAUGGAUUCAGACUGGCUUUACAGGUGUGGCACCAGAUGCUUAGGAUUGGAAUAAAACCAGACACUCAAAAUUACAACAUACUCCUGCGGGUAGCACGGGAUUGUGGGAUAGGUGAACCUGGUUUGGCUUCUGCGUUGCUACUGAAGAGAACAGAAGAAGGGGCCCUAAAACUCACAAGUGGAAGGAAAAGCCAAGUCAAAGCACAGGCAUCGUGUCAGCCCUUACAUAUGGAUGCAUUUGAGCACAAACUGUUUGUAGACACCACACAGAGCCAUGGUCAAGCCGAAGAGACUGAUUUCCCCCUUCCGAAGGAAAAAGAUCAGUGCAGAAUAGACGCAACUCAAGAUGAGACUCAAAUGCUGCCUGAAUCAUCAAAUGGCUCUCUGACCUAUCAAUCACAAAGUUCCCACCUCCCAAACCUUCUAGACCCCAGCACUUGCCACUCAGGUGUGGUUGCCUUGGGACCUGUGAGUAGUGCUACGGAUAGACUUGCUCUGAUUGGAAACCUUGAAGGCUUUUUGGAGAAAAUGGCCAAAGAUGGAUUGGAGCCCAACAUCAAAACCAUUACACUGUUGGCUGAUGUCAUGGAAGCUGGCAGCCAAUCAGUGCAGAGUUUGAUUAAUGUGGCCAAAAAGAGUGGUGUCACGCUGAAUAAGACAUUUUUUAACAUUAUGAUCAGAAGGGUGGCCAAAGCUGGAAACUUAAAUGGGGCUAAGGCUGUAAAAGCCCUUAUGGUUAACAGAGGGCUGAUUGCAAAUACUCAGAUGUUCUGUAGUAUUGCUCUGGCUUGCCGCAGACAAAAAGAUGCAAUGCAGUUGCUUACUGAAAUGGAGUCUUGUGGACUUUUGCCAAACACUCAUCUAUACAGUGCCCUGAUCAGCCCAGUUAAGCGUUUGGACUAUGCUUAUCUGCACGAACUUCUUCAACACAUGCACAAACUGCAAGUGCCACCCAAUGAUGUCAUCAUCAGACAGCUGGAGUUUGCAGCUCAGUAUCCUCCUUCCUAUGACAAGGUUAAAAAACAAAACACAUACCUGGACAAGAUUGACGGCUUCCGUGGUUUUUACAAGCAAUGGCUGGAGUUUAUGCCUGGCCAGGAAACACCACACCCCUGGGAAAAAUAUCGAUCCCCAAAACCAGAAGCGGAACAAGAUGGAGUUACCUCACAAAAUCAAAGUCACGUGAACCAGCUUAAACAAAGCGCCAAACUUUGA